CGUGGCAUGAGUGAGGCAGCAGCCGUUCCCCCUUGCUGCCCAGGUCGGGGGCUGAGGUCCCAGAACCCCCCUUACCCCGCCAGGAGUGCGUUUGACAGACAGACCUCCCUCCUCCCUCCCUGCUCCGCACGCAGCCAUCCUCCACUCGAGGCAAACCUUUCCUCCAGACUCGCUCCUGCUGUUCCCCAGCUCCCCCCCGGUAGCAGAGGAACACCCUCCGUGCCGGCCGUCGCUUCCCCUCUCCCCCUCGGCCCUCCCCAGCUCCGGAGAGAGCGAGACGAAAAGUGUCGGAGCGGGGAGCGCAUAGCAACAGGGUCUGGCAUGAAGAAGGUUCGGCAGCAGCAUCUCCGGAAGCCCGUGACACCAGAUCUCCUGGUAAGCCCCAGCAGCCAGGAUGGGGACCUGGGCUCCGAGUGCCCAGAAGACAGAGGGAACUGGACGGGGCGGCUGGAUUUCCUCCUCUCCUGCAUCGGAUACUGCGUUGGCCUUGGAAACGUCUGGAGGUUCCCUUACAGGGCUUACACCAACGGAGGAGGAGCUUUCUUGGUUCCUUACUUCAUCAUGCUGGCCAUCUGUGGGAUCCCCAUCUUCUUCAUGGAACUGUCACUUGGCCAGUUCUCCAGCCUGGGGCCACUUGCAGUCUGGAAGAUAAGCCCUCUCUUUAAAGGCAUUGGCAUGGGCACGAUCCUCAUCGUCUCCUUGGUGGCCAUUUACUACAAUAUGAUCAUUGCUUAUGUUCUCUUCUACCUCUUUGCAUCCCUCACAAGCGACUUGCCCUGGCAGCACUGCGGCAACUGGUGGAACACCGACCUGUGCCUGGACCACCACGUCAUCCAGGGGGGGAACACCACCUUCCCCGUCAACAUCACCAACACUGUCAGCCCCAGUGAGGAGUACUGGAGUCGGUAUGUCCUGCACAUCCAAGGGAGCUCAGGGAUUGGGGAUCCCGGGAGGAUCCGCUGGAACUUGUGUCUGUGCCUGCUCCUUUCUUGGACUAUCGUCUAUCUGUGCAUCCUUAAGGGAGUCAAAUCCUCUGGCAAGGUCGUGUACUUUACUGCCACCUUCCCGUACCUCAUCCUGGUGAUGCUGCUUAUUCGUGGUGUGACCCUGGAGGGGGCCUGGAAGGGGAUACGGUUUUACCUCACCCCCCAGUUUGAUCACUUGCUCUCUUCCAAGGUGUGGAUCGAGGCAGCCCUGCAGAUUUUCUACUCCCUUGGGGUGGGCUUUGGGGGCCUCCUCACCUUCGCCUCAUACAACACCUUCCAUCAGAACAUCUACAGGGACACCUUCAUAGUGACCCUGGGUAAUGCCAUCACCAGCAUCCUGGCAGGGUUUGCCAUCUUCUCUGUUUUGGGAUACAUGUCCCAGGAGCUUGGGGUCCCUGUUAACCAGGUGGCAAAAGCAGGUCCUGGUCUGGCUUUUGUGGUGUACCCACAGGCCAUGACAAUGCUCCCCCUUUCUCCAUUCUGGUCAUUCCUGUUCUUCUUCAUGCUGUUAACCUUGGGCCUGGACAGCCAGGUAAGGAGAGAGCCCACUGAGCCAGCUGUGGAGCACAGGCAGCCUGAGGGCUCAGGGGACCCUCUCCUCCUGUGCAAGCAGUUUGCAUUCAUGGAGACCAUCGUUACGGCAGUGACAGAUGAAUUUCCCUACUACCUGCGGCCAAAGAAAGCCUCGUUCUCGGCUGUCAUCUGCAUUGCCCUCUUCCUGAUGGGGCUCAUCCUCACAACAGAGGGUGGGAUGUACUGGCUGGUCCUACUGGAUGAUUACAGCGCUGGCUUUGGCCUCAUGGUGGUGGUGAUCACUACCUGCCUCGUGGUGACACGUGUCUAUGGCAUAAAGAGGUUCUGCCGAGAUAUCCACAUGAUGCUGGGCUUCAAACCAGGGCCCUACUUCAGAGCCUGCUGGAUGGUCCUAUCCCCAGCAACAAUGAUGGCUCUGCUGGUAUAUAACAUAGUCAAGUACCAGCCCUCCGAGUACGGCAGCUACCGCUUCCCCACCUGGGCCGAGGUCCUGGGCAUCCUCAUGGGAGUCCUCUCCUGCCUGAUGAUUCCCCUGGGCAUGGUGGUGGCUGUGCUCCGAGAGGAAGGGACCCUGUGGGAGCGAGUCCAGCAGGCCAGCCGGCCCGCCAUGGACUGGGGCCCGUCGCUGGAGGAGAACCGGACGGGCAUGUACGUGGCCAGCCUGGCGGGCAGCCAGUCCCCCAAACCACUGAUGGUCCACAUGAGGAAAUACGGGGGCAUCACCAGCUACGAGAACACGGCCAUCGAAGUGGACCGGGAGAUGGAGGAGGAGGACGAGGAGGAGUCCAUGAUGUGAGGGGACCCCCCCACCCCCAAUUUGCACGGGUUGCACUGCAGCACUUCAGGACAGCUUGGGGGGUCUUUUGGGCAGCAGUCAGGAGCUGUCAACCCUGCCAGGUUCCUCACCACCACCCUGGCCCUGCCACGAUAGAGCUGCUGCCCAUCCUGGUGCCCCUGAUGUGUUUCUGUUCAGUGUGACAAACUGUGUGAUGAGUCCAUCCGUUCA